AUGGAGCACCUGGGUCCGCACCAUCUCCACCCGGGCCACGCGGAGCCCAUCAGCUUUGGCAUCGACCAGAUCCUCAACAGCCCGGACCAGGGCAGCUGCAUGGGGCCCUCCUCUCGCCUCCAGGACGGAGAAUACGGCCUUGGCUGUUUGGUUGGAGGCGCUUACCCUUACGGCGGCGGGGGCCCCGCGGCCGGGGCGGGGGCCGGGGGCGCGGGGGCCUAUGGCGCUGGAGGCCCGAGCGGCCCCGGUGGCCCGGCGGGCGGCGGCGGCGGCGGCGGCUGCAGCAUGGGCCCGCUGGCCGGCUCCUACAACGUGAACAUGGCCUUGGCGGGCGGCCCCGGUCCCGCCGGCGGCGGCGGCGGCGGGGCGGGGGCGCUGAGCGCUGCGGGGGUGAUACGAGUGCCCGCGCACAGGCCGCUAGCUGGAGCGGUGGCCCAUCCUCAACCUCUGGCUACCGGUUUGCCCACCGUGCCCUCCGUGCCUGCCGUGCCGGGCGUCAACAACCUCACCGGCCUCACCUUUCCCUGGAUGGAGAGUAACCGCAGAUACACAAAGGACAGGUUCACAGGUCACCCCUAUCAGAAUCGGACGCCCCCCAAGAAGAAGAAGCCGCGCACGUCCUUCACGCGCCUGCAGAUCUGCGAGCUAGAGAAGCGCUUCCACCGCCAGAAGUACCUGGCCUCGGCCGAGCGCGCCGCCCUGGCCAAGGCGCUCAAAAUGACCGACGCGCAAGUCAAAACCUGGUUCCAGAACCGGCGGACAAAGUGGAGGCGGCAGACCGCGGAGGAGCGUGAGGCCGAGAGGCAGCAGGCGAACCGCAUCCUCCUGCAGCUGCAGCAAGAGGCCUUCCAGAAGAGCCUGGCGCAGCCGCUGCCCGCCGACCCGCUCUGCGUGCACAACUCCUCGCUCUUCGCCCUGCAGAACCUGCAGCCGUGGUCUGACGACUCGACCAAGAUCACCAGCGUCACGUCAGUGGCGUCGGCCUGUGAGUGA